AUGUACGGGCUAAUCAAAUUGUGCACUCGUAGGGCAGUUGCCGAGGAGGUCUGGGAAAGGCACAAAAAGCGUAACGACUCCAUUAUUGUUGACCUAUUUUACGGCUUGCUCAGACUGACCAUCGUCUGUCCUGUUUGCAGCUACACAUUCCGAGCCUUCGACCCUUUCGCCUCACUCAGCCUCCCCCUCGACGUCGUCCUCAUUAAUGCACUCAUCUGGUCAUCCAAUGACGAGUUCCAACGUAUAUGGUGUACUAUUUACGUACCUCCUCGUUGCUCACUCGAGAACCUCCUGUCCUACUUUAACCUGGCACGGCAACCGAAUGAUGGCUGCCAGUAUGCAAUUAUUAAACGCGAUGGACUCUACUUGAGGAUACUUGAACCGAAGGACACGCUAAACUUUCUUAAACAAGGCAAUAUACUAAUGGCCUUCGAGGUCCCUUUUGUGCAGGGAAGUACUAAUACGGUGACAUCGAACUCUAAAAAUGGAUCGGUAUCAGAUACUUUUGAGAUCUUGUGCGACGGGAUUCUUACAGUAAUCAAUUCACAUCUAUCCAAUGCGGGCGUCAAAGAACAGGCCAUAGUAGCAGAAUACUGUUCGGUUCCCCAAAUUCGUGUCCCAUCGGCAUUCUCCUACCUUACUCACACCGACGAGCUCCAUCAGAAACUGGACCUGGAUCUUUGUUUCCAGUUGUUUACCACGAAGGAAACUUUUAGUACGCAAAGUCCCUGGAAUUGCAAAAAGUGCAAGGAGCCCAGACAGGCAUCCAAGAAAUUGGAAAUUUGGCGUUUACCCGAGGUCCUCAUCAUUCACCUAAAGCGUUUCCGUACAAUGUUUCCUAUGGAGAAGAUCAACAAGUUCGUAGGGUUCCCAGAAGAGUGA